AAAUGAACAAAAUGCCCUUUACUAUGUUCAGCAAGUCGAAUGCACUAAUAACCAUUAACCUUGGUGGCAAUGAUCUUAAACAGUUGAACAUUGACAUUGAAGAAGCAAUAAACUUGGAGAAAUUGGACAUAUCUAAUAAUCAAUUCCAAACUUUGCCAACAAAUGUUCAAAAUAUUAUUGACCAUUCAAAUAAAGUCUCAAAUGUAACAUUGCAAGUUGGCUUAAAAGGAAACCCACUUGUAUGUGGGUGUCAUUCAUUCGACAUCAUAGCCUGGAUGAAAGACCACAGCAAGAACAUAAUGCAAUGGGACACAUUAGAAUGCACAUAUUUUAAUGAUACCAAAGUUAAAAUGCAUGCCAUCCAUUUGCCUGGAUUGAAAUUUUCAUGCUGGAAAUCUGUCAUAUUGGCAGGGGUGAUACCCUCUGGAAUCAUGCUGUUGUUUGUAUGUGUAGUGAUUCUUACAUACAGGAAGAGAUAUAAACUGCACUAUUUGUACCUACAGCUACGAGCUGCAUUGAGGCGACAUGGCAAAGAAAACGAUGCCUUUGAUUUUGAUGCAUUCAUCAGCUACAGUUCACUUGAUAGAACAUGGGGCCAGGGAACAUUGUAUGCAACUCUAGUAGGCAAUCAUCACUACAGAAUAUGUAUUGAUGAUCGAAACUUCCGACCAGGGGCUUUUAUCUCCGACAUCAUAGUUGAUGCUAUCAACAGAAGCAACAAAGUCAUUCUCCUCAUAUCACAGAACUUUCUCCGAAGCAAGUGGUGCACUUAUGAACUAAACAUUGCAAGAGGAGAACUGGCCAAUAGGGGGCGUGAUUGCAUAAUCCUUAUUCUGAAGGAGCCAAUUAAUGUCCUUCCAAAAGAAUUAAUCACCCCUACAUUGCAAUCCCUGCUAGACACACGGGUGUACCUGGAGUGGAGUGAUAAUGCAGACAGACAAGCUUUGUUUUGGAGGAAGCUAUGUGAUGCCCUAGGUGAUCCUGGACCACAAAAUGAGGAGCAGGGAGGCAGUGAAUAUACAAUGCUUCAGAAUGAAGAGGAUGAACAACUGGUACAAGACUUUUUAAGAGAAAACAGACCACUAUUGGAAUGAUAUUUCAAAACACAGGAAAUGGUUUAAAUAAAUAUAUGUAAGUGAUGAAACAUGUAUAUUUUUGAACUCCAUGAAAUUCAAAAUCAUGUACAGGUAAUUGUGUUAUGGAAUACCUAGACUGCUUUAUACUUAUCAACUUAUUCAAGAAUAUGUAAUCGUAACAGUAAAUGGAAUACCAAGACUAUAUAUACAUCAACUUAUUCCAGAAUAUGUAAUUGUUAUUGUAAAUUGAAUACCCAAGAACAUGUUUUGGUAUUUGUUUAUGGAAUAUAGGGACUGCUACACAUUUAUCAACUUAUUCAAGAAAAUGUAUUACUAAUUGUUAAUGGAAUACAGAGACUGCUAAACAUUUAUCAACUUAUUCAAGAACAUGUAUUGCUAAUUGUUUAUGGAAUAUAGAGACUGCUCUGAUUUAUCAACUUAUUCAAGAACAUGUAUUGCUAAUUGUUUAUGGAAUAUAGAGACUGCUCUGAUUUAUCAACUUAUUCAAGAACAUGUAUUUGCAAUUGUUAAAUGAAAUACAUACUGCUACACUAUUUAUCAACUUAUCCAAAAACAUGCUUGCCUGGUAGCCAGUUUUUACCAAGGGAGAGUUUUUUGAAGAAU